ACUGUCACCCAGGCCCACCGGCUCCUUCCAGAGAGCUAACCCGCCCUCAGCCCCCGGGUGAGAUCCGCGAGACUCGCGCAAAGUGUAAUUUUGAGAAUUGCUUCAGCAGAGACACUAGAGGAUCGGUUCUAAGGGAACCGCUCCAGCCUCCUUGCACACCAAGACCCUGACAACAAGCAACUUGCUGAAGAUCGCACAGCUGUCCCCGGCAUGGAAACUGCCUACCUGAAGAAGAGCUUUGGAAACAGCCUGACCCAGGCACUGGCAGAGGUGGCAAGAGUGCGGCCCAGUGACCCAAUAGAGUACUUGGCUUAUUGGCUUUACCACUAUAGGGAUGUGACUAACGCUAAAGAAAAGGAAAGGCAAGAAGAGCUACAGCUAAAAGAGGAGCAUGACAGAAGCCUCCAGGAAGUGAAAAUGACCAAAAUGCAGAAACAAGAGGAAUAUCAGACUCAACAGAAGUGUGAAAAGUGUCACCAGGAUCUGCUCCCUGAAGUGCUUUCUUCAAACAAGACCCCAGCCCUGCAGAAAGACACUGCCCCUCUUGAGGAAGAGACCAGGAGACAGGAAUCUCCACCAGGUGUCUCCAGGGUGGUUGCAGAAACACCUCAACAGGUUUUUACCUCUUGAGAAAAUGGCCUGCAAGAGGAACUCUCUCCUCAGCUAGACUGAAGAGUCUGAGGAGGAGGCUGGCGUCUACAGAUGCUCUGGUCUGCUAACCAUGAAUACGUUUAAUCACGUGACAUUUUAACUAUUGGAUAAAAAUGAACCCAGACCACAGAUUAAAUACAAUAAGGCGUCACACUGAUGAGACCCUCUCCUCCCACAUUACAGGGUGAAAGCUUGCCUCUCUCCCAUACUCUUCUUCACUUUAGCUAUGUUCUGCAGUCAUUGCUUUGGGAGUCCCUACAGGUGUCAUGGAGGCUGCCCAUGGCACUAACAACAGGGGUUUAAAAAAAGUUUCCAUUAUUUUAUUGUGAUAAAUCCCAUGACAUAAAAUUCAUAGUUCAGUGACCUGAACAUAUUCAUACAGUACAGCUAUCCCUACCAACAAGCCUCCAAACUCUCUCUUUACCUUGUAGGAGUAAAACUCUGUUCCAUUGAAUAAUAACUCUAUUUUCUCUUCCCCCAAACCCUAGAAACCAUCAUUCUACUUUGUCUGGGUUGUUUUGACUAUUCCAAGUAACUCAUAUAACUGGAAUCGUGUUUGUGUGUGCACGCACAUGUGAUUUAGCAUUGUGUAGUAAUCCUUGGUGUUCUAGUGACUAGGCUUUAGUGCUUUUAUUUGGCAUUCUGUGUCCUCAGGGUUCACUCACCCUGUAACAUGGAUCAGAACUUCCUUCUUAAAGCUGAUCAGUAUUCUGCCCUCAUAUGGAAAGCAUAGACUGUGAACAUUGUUGAACUUAAUCAUGCAGUGUGCUGGCUUGUGGAUAUGAGAAAUAGUUAAAAGGGAAACUAGAGAUGAUUCAUUUGGUGACUGGAUAAAGAGACUGGGAAUGUGGGCCAUCCAAGAUGGUUGCUAUGUUUUCUGUCUGGGUCCCAUGGCUGGGUGGAGGUAAUUUUUCAUUAAGUAUAGGACAAAAGAGUGUGGCUUGAGUAUGUGGUACCUGUGAAAGGGAUGGGAACAUCACAAAAGAGAGCAGCCAUGAGAUACUGUCCCCACCCCAACCCCGAGAAAGGUCAAAGACUCCAGGCCAGCCUUGGCUUCUCUAUAAGAUGCCAGAGCAGGACGAAGUAUUGCAGUAUUGCUAUUUAUCUGAAGAGGCCUCAGAUCUCUCUCUCUCUCUCUCUCUCUCUCUCUCUCUCUCUCUCUCUCUCUCUCUCUCACACACACACACACACACACACAUACACACACAUUCUGUCUCUCUCACUCCUUCUCCCCCUCUCAAUUUUAUCUAUAUAUAUUAUAAAUAUGCAUGCAUUUACGUAUUUAGUGUGUGUACUUUUGUAUGUGUGUGAAUACAUGUGACAUGGGAACUUUCAGGAUUCAGCACUCUCCUUUUCCCACAUGGGUUCUUAGGAUGGAAUUUGGGUCCACAGGUUGUCUUGAGAUUUUUGCCCUACUAAACCAUCUCACAGAUCCAUUCUUAGAUAUGUUUAAGCCUAUAUUAAAAUGUCUGCUGGACAUAACUUGGAAUUGUCUAAUGGAAUUUUGAUCAAAGAGUGGCAUAUUUUUGCAAAUGAUUACAGAUUCUAUAUGCACUCUAUUUCAAGGUCACCAUUUCCAUUGACCACUAGUUUGUAUGCAAAUGAUAAAGUACUGUGAGAUCAUCCCAGAAAAACAUUCAGUUUUGCAGUUUAGUUUUACCACUAGUGCAAAUUGAAGCCAAACAAAACAAAACGGUACUUCUUGGUGGAAAUACAAAGUCAACUUGUAGUUAGAAUGCUCAAAAAGAUUUCCAAGCUUGGUUUUCUGUGCUUGAUAGCUUUAUGUCAACUUGACACAAGCUAGAGUUAUCUAAAAAGAGGGAACCUCAUUUGAGAAAAAUGCCUCCUUGACAUCCAGCUGUAGGAUAUUUUCUUAAUUAAUGAUUAAUGGAAAAGGCCCAGCCCAUUGUGAGUGGUGCCAUCUCUGGACUGGUGGUCCUGGGUUCUAUAAAAAAGCAGGUUGAGCAAGCCAUGCUGAGCAAGCCAGUGAGCAGCACUCCUCCAUGACCUCUGCAUCAGCUCCUGCCUCCAGGUUCUGCUCUGCUUGAGUUCCUGUCCUGACUUCCUUCAAUGAUGAACAGUGAUAUGGAAGUUUAAGUUAAAUAAACCCUUUCCUCCCUGGCUUGCUUUGGUCAUGGUAUUUCAUCCCAGCAAUAAAAACCUUAACUAAGACAUUUUCCAUUGGAAGCAAGCUCCCUGUGGAACUAGCAUUCACUGUCUACAGGUGUAGCCAACCUCUAGAACUAAGAACCAGGGACCCAUUGGGCCAUCCAAGAGUUAGAACAGCCUUCUAUAUUAAUAGAGACUACUAGAUACAUUUAUUUUACUGAGUAACAAAUACUGCUACCUAGCAGCUUAGAACUACACCACUGAAGUUUCUUGGACCAUAUGACCAAGCAGCUUAUUGAGUCUUGAGAUAGAACCAUAGUGAUGACCAUGGUAACCAUCUUAUCGUAGACAUGAGAUUCCCCUUUUCACACAGGAAUCUUUCCUUCUUGCUGGCAGCUUCUGGGGUCUGUCUGUCCUCCUAAACUGAGUCCUCUCUAGAGCAUGCUGUUUCCUCCUUUAUGGCCAGCAGGAAAAUCCCUUUGAUUCCCUUUAAGGGUUCACCUGAUUAGAUUUGAUUCACUCAUAACAGCUCCCACAUUUAAAUUUUUAUUUUUCAAUUCUUUUUCCUUCUUGAGAUAGAAUCCAGUGUAUCCCAGGAUGGACUUAACCUUGAUGUAUAAAGAGGAUGGUCUUAAACUUUGUAUCCUCUUGUCUCCACCUCCUGAAUACUUUGAUUACAGAUAUGUAUCUUCAUAAUCAGGUUUUGUAGCAUUGGGGAAUCAAACCCAGGACUUCAGGCUUACUAAGUAUGAUUACUAAGCAAGCACUCUACCAACUGAACUACAUCCCUAGCAUGGCAAGUUCACUUUUAAUAAACUCAAAGUCAUGUUUGACUUUGUGGCCAUGGUAUCCCACACUGUUCACCAGCUCUGCACACACACACAAACACACAUACACAGCACAGCACAGACAUCCAUUAGGAAAUAAGAAACCUAAGGCUGUGUCAGAGUCCUGCAUUAAACAAUAAUGUGUUUAGGAAGCAAAGGGCUGUGACUGCCAGUGUAAAAUAAUAGUACACGAGGAAUACGGGGGUCAAUGAGGCUCAUGCUGGAGAGGCCUUAACAGAGCAAUGAUGUUCGAAGAACCAGUGGGCUGAAGUAUGAGUGGAUGGAGAAGGGAGAGUGAACUUGCAGAGCAUCCUGCAGAAAACCGACCAAAAACAAAGGGCAAAUAAAUACAAACGGUGGGGGAAGCUGGGUGUUGGCUCAGUGUAGGCUGCUUGGGAGACAAUGAAAUGAAAAUAGGGAGAGCCCAGCUGGAGGUUGGAAAAGCCAACUUCCCACGGUGAACGUCAAGAACCUUUUCAUUGAGAAAUGCCCCAACCUUGUGGGCUUUUAGAAUAAUUGCAACCUUUUCAAACCCAUGCUACUUCUUAGCAACCAGCUGUCCAAGCUGAAAAAUAUCACGUUUACAUUCCCAGGUUCAAGUUCAGAGACCAUAAUUCAAUGCCUUUACCUUGUAAGGUCGCCAAGUGUCUAUAAAUUAGCAAAUGGUGCUCAUAUUUAGGAUAAAAUGAAAUGUCAUGCAAAGAUCUUUCUAAAUUGUUUUAUUAGAAAUAUACUAAUUAUCCCAAGAAUGGGUUUCAUUAGGACAUUUUUCAUAAUGUAUUUUGUCUAUAUUCACCUCCUACUACCCCAUUCUCUCCUCUAACUCCAGCUGAUUCCCUUCUUCUUUCCAAAUAGUUCCCCCUCUAUAUUCUAUUUUAAAAAAAAAUCACCGGGCGGUGGUGGCUCAUGUCUUUAAUCCCAGCACUUGGGAGGCAGAGACAGGCAGAUCUCUGUGAGUUCAAGGCCAGCCUGGUUUACAAAGUGAGUUCCAGGACAACCAGGGCUACACAAAGGAACCCUAUCUCAAAAAAUAAUUUUUACAGAGGAAGAUUUUGAUGUAUGGAUGGAGUUUCAUGUAUUUUGAGAGUUUCUCUACAUAGCUCAGGCUGAUCUUGAAGUCAUGGUGUAGCUCAGGUUGGCCUAAGGUUGACCUCAGACUUCCUAAGUAUUCCACAACUGGCUUAGCUAAUAUUAAUCUCAAGAUCCAAGUAUCAUUCCCACUAAAGUAAGGAACAAGGUAAGGAUGUUCCUUCUCACUGGACUCCUUUUCAAUAUCAUUGCUGAAAUCAUAGUUAAUACAAUAAAACAAAACAAAGUAAAAUACAGAUGCACAUUUGUAAUCCCAGAAUUUGGAAAGUUGAAGGAGAAGGAUCAUAAAUUUGAGAGCAGAUUGAGAUAUAUAGUGAGUUCCAGGCCAGCCUAAGCUACAAAGAGAGACCCUGUCCAAGAGUCCAGUUGUACAACCAGUUAACUUGAGGAACUUAUAUAAAAGACCUGUUUCAAAUAAACAAUAAAAAGUACAGUGAUGUACUUUUUGGGGAAGAAUGAAGUCAAAU